UACUUACUUUAAUUUAAUAGCAAAUUUUUCAUUUUUCUUCCUUCAUUAAAAUAUGAAAUAAUGAUCUUUAAAACAAUUUUGUCAUUACGCACAUUAAAUGGUAUCCCGUUCUUACUUACUGGUAUUUCACCAACAUUUAAGGUUAUAUCUCGAACAUCGUCGGAACAAAACAUAAAUGUUGUAGGAAAAUGGGAUUUGUUAAGUGCUGUUUGCUUAGAACGUCAUCCAAUAAUUAUAAAACCAAUGCUAAACAUAGAAGUAAGGUAUCAAAAAAUGUUACAACAGAUAGAGUUUGAAGGCAGUAUGAUAUCAGACUUUGAUAUACAAAAACAGAAAAAAAGGAGACAAAAAUCAGAAACAUUUGCAAGUCAAAAUAUGGUUUCUAAUCAAACGAUUCAGGAUCUUGAGGAUUCUUGGGAAGAAGAAUUGACAAAGUUUAAAUUUGCAUCAAAAAUAAAUGAAAUUGAAGAAGAUAAUGCAGUUGUAUCAUUAAAACGGAAACUAGAUAAAAAUUUAAUAUUAUUAGUAGAACAAAAAAUUGGUGAUUCUAAUUUAUGGAUUCCUCCUCAAAGUGUAAGAAAACAUAGAGAAACUAUGAUACAAACUGCACAUAGAACUUUACAAGAACUGUGUGGAAAUAAUAUAAAAGUAAAGUUUUAUGGCAAUGCUCCUAUUGGAUUCUAUCAAUAUAAAUAUCCUAUAAGUAUGCAAGAGAAAGGACAAAAUGGAGCAAAAAUUUUUUAUUUCUUAGCAAAAUAUAUAAGUGGAGAUAUUUCUUCUAGUGUAAACCAUUGUUGGUUAGAUAGGAAAGAACUUAGAAAAGUGAUACACCCUGCUAUUCACAAAAGUUUGUCUAAAUUUUUAUUACCUGAUUAAAAUACUGUACAGUAUAAAGUACAUGUUAAGUACACAUCAUAAA